UAUAAGUGUCACGCGCGCGCACCUCUCGGGACGCCCCGUUGAGGUAUAAAAGCGGUCCCGGCUGUGAGGCAAGGAGAACGAAGGACGCAACUUAGGUGUGUUGCCCAUACAUCAGCAUGAAGUCCAUUGCAGUGAUUCUCGUUUUGGCAGUGAUUUCAGGCUGCCAGGCGCGUGCAGUGCCUCAGGAUGAGCCCAAGACCAAAUGGGAGGAGACUGUGGACCAGUUCUGGCACUAUGUAUCAGACCUUAACGCCAAGGCCGAUGGAGUGGUCACAGAUAUCAAAGGUCAUCAGAUCAGCAGAGAACUGGACACUCUGAUAAUGGACACCAUGGCAGAGCUAAACAACUAUAAGGAUGACAUCCAGACCAAACUGGGCCCCUACACCCAAGACACAGCAAACCAACUGGGCCAGGACUUCCAGCUGCUCGUCAACAAGCUGAAAGCUGACAUGACUGAUGCUAAGGACCGAACUGCUCAAUAUGUGCAGGAGCUGAAGACCAUGAUGGACCAGAAUGUAGAUGAUGUUAAGAACAGGAUAAACAUCUACACCAGGAAGCUCAAGAAACGUCUGGGCAAGGACACUGAGGAGAUCCGCAACACUGUAGCUACCUACCUUGGAGAGAUGCAGUCCCGUUCUUCCCAGAACAUGGAGUCAGUGAAGGACCACCUUGAGCCCUACUUCAACCAGGCUCGGCAGCGCACCGGGGAGCGACUGGGAAACCUGAACCAGCUACUGCAAUCCCAGGUUCAGGACCUGGGGCAAAAAUUUGAGUCCCAGGCUGAGGGCAUUCGCGAGCAGCUAGAGCAGACCGCUGAGGACCUGCGGACCACCCUGGAAGGAAAGCUGGAGGAGAUGAGCCAGUGGUUCGACCCCUACGUAUCAAAGAUCCGUGAGCAGUUUCAGACGGUCAUGGACAAGAUCCAGGCUAGCUCUUAAUAUCACAGAUGUGGCAUUUGGUGGGGGCUGUGUAGGGGGAAUGGGUUUACAAGUGUCCCACUCAUCUUACAAGGCAUUUUGCAGUAUCAUGUCAUUGCUCCUCAAGAAGUGAAUUGUUAGCAUAUUGCCAAAUUACCGGUGCACUUGAGUUGUUCUUUUACUUCCUGCCUGAUGGGGGGGUUAGGGCAGACCCCCCAAUUUGCUUUAGCAUCACAAACAAGCAGCUUAUACCAUUUCAGUCCAAACUAACUUCUCUUGGCCUAUUGCACCGCACUCUGAAACUUGUCCUUAUAAACAAUUUCCAAUGAAAAUGCUUCCUGGAGUUGUAGGAGUCAAUUUAUAUAUUUGAUGUCCUUGAAGCAAUAGAAGUUACAUUCUUGCAUGUAUGUAAGGACCUAGCAUAUGAAAUAUGGAACUGCUUAGUUUUUGUAACGCUGUACUAUGUUUGAUCAUGUGUGUGAUUGUACUGAGACGUGACAUGAGUAUGCUGCUGCGGUCCACACUAUCUUUGUCCAAGCAGCAUUGCACCAACGCUGUAGCCUCAUGACGUAGCCCUCGCUGACACCUUUUCAGUGUGUUAGCCAUAGUGCAAAAGGUUUCUGCUGAACCAAUAAAGAGUAUUAAAUAUG